GCAUUUGAGGGUGGGAGGGAGAUACAGAGCGAGAGUGAGAGAUAUGGAAAGUAAUGAUGAUCAUCAUCUUCCACUAUUUGUGACGAAGUCAGCCAGGGCACGUAUCCCUUUCCAACUUUAUGCCCUUCCCAUCUUGGUGGGUAUAUGCUUCAUCUUUGAAUACAGAGUGAGCUACAUACCAGCCAAAGAAGCAGCCGGAAGAUGGCCUUGGAUCGGAUUGUUUCUCUCAGAGCUUUGGUUCUCUUUUUAUUGGUUUCUCACUACGGUUGUCCGAUGGAAUCCCAUCUAUCGUUAUACUUUCAAAGACAGGCUCUCUCUCAGACACGAAAAGGCUCUGCCGGGGAUAGACAUAUUCGUGUGUACCGCGGACCCCAUGAUAGAACCGCCAGCUAUGGUGAUUAACACCGUCCUCUCAGUCAUGGCUUAUGACUAUCCGCCUGAAAAGCUAAGCGUUUAUCUCUCAGACGACGGCGGUUCGGAUUUGACGUUUUACCCUUUGGUAGAGGCCUCACGUUUCUCUAAGAUUUGGCUUCCGUUUUGCAACAAGUUCAAAGUAGAACCGAGAUCGCCGGAGGCUUAUUUCCGCACAGCUGCUGAGCCGCUUGGAGAUUCUGCCAUGGCCAAAGAGUGGUCAUCCAUUAAGAAAUCAUAUGAAGACAUGAGGAAACGGAUUGAAACCACCACAAAGCUUGGUCGAGUUUCAGAAGAAAUACGAAAAGAACACAAGGGAUUCAGUGAGUGGAAUUCGGUUGCAAGCCGACAAGACCAUCAAGCCAUUCUUCAAAUACUUAUUAAUCGAAAAGACCCGAAGGCUGUGGACAUUGAAGGUCAACGUUUGCCAACUCUGGUAUACUUGGCACGUGAAAAGAGGCCCCACUACCACCAUAAUUUCAAAGCAGGAGCCAUGAAUGCCCUGAUAAGGGUGUCAUCGCGGAUAAGCAAUGGUCCGAUAAUUCUUAAUGUGGACUGCGACAUGUACUCAAACAAUUCAGUCGCAGCGAGAGACGCUUUGUGCUUUUUUAUGGAUGAAGAAAAAGGUCGUGAAAUUGCCUUCGUACAAUUUCCGCAGACCUUCGAGAACCUCACAAAGAAUGAUCUUUACAGUAGUUCCUUGAACAUAAUAAACGAGGUGGAUUUUCUAGGAUUUGAUGGGAAUGGAGGGCCUUGCUAUAUUGGUAGCGGGUGCUUUCACAGAAGAGACACUCUUUGUGGGCACAAGUACAGCAAGGAAUAUAAGGCAGAUUGGAAGAGAUGGAAUAUUGAUAGAAAGGUAGAAGAGAGUGCGAGUGUUAUAGAAGAAACAUGCAAGGAGCUUGCAAGUUGCACCUAUGAAAAAAACACUCAGUGGGGAAAGGAGAUGGGUUUGAAGUAUGGUUGUCCAGUGGAGGAUAUCCUGACAGGAUUAGCUAUACAUUGUCGAGGUUGGAAAUCCGUAUAUUUAAAUCCGGAAAGGAAGGCCUUUCUUGGAGUUGCUCCCACAACACUACUGCAGUCACUUGUACAGCAUAAAAGAUGGACUGAAGGUGAUUUUCAGGUCUUUGUGUCAAACUGUCCCUUUGUGUAUGGACAUAAAAAGAUGCCCCUUAAACUUCAACUUUCAUAUUCUCCCUAUUUGCUGUGGCCUGUAAACUGCUUGGGCACGUUGUACUAUGUUGCUGUGCCACCCCUAUGCCUGCUUAGGGGCAUCUCCUUAUUCCCAGAGAUAUCAAAUCCAUGGGUCCUUCCAUUUCUAUUUGUCAUCUUUGUCCACCGUGCAUAUAGUCUUGGAGAAUUUGUUUGGUGUGGGGGCACAUUCGGAGGGUGGUGGAAUGAUCAAAGGAUGUGGCUGUAUAAAAGAAUUAGUUCCUAUUUCUUUGCCUUCUUAGACAACAUCCUAAAACCACUGGGAUUUACAGAGUCGGCCUUUGUCAUCACAGCAAAGGUGGCUGAAGAUGAUGUUUCACAGAGAUACGAGGAAGAGGUCAUGGAGUUCGGUGCUUCUUCUCCAAUGUUUACCAUUAUAGCAACACUUGCAUUGCUAAAUGCGUUCUGUUUCGUUGGAGGAAUGAAGAGGGUGAUUAUGCAGAAGGAUGUGCAAGCUUUGCUUUCAGACCCACUUGCAUUGCAGAUUCUUCUGUGUGGCAUACUGGUAUUGAUCAAUCUGCCUGUUUACCAAGGUCUCUUCCUCAGAAAAGACAAUGGUCGCAUGCCGACCUCAUUAACACUACGGUCAGUUAUGUUUGCACUGUUGGCUUGUGCAUUGGCCCUCUAUUAAAUGACUUGUCGGUCCCAAGUAAACUCUAGAAUACUUCGAAUUAAUGAACCAUUUCUAGUUACCAAGA